CUGCUUUGGCCUCCCAAAUUGAAUUCCCACAACGGCAAUUUGCUGUGGCUUCCCAUUCUACCCAACACUAUUUGCCAGAGCAGCAUGUAAAAUAUUUAUUCCCAAAAGUGAUACCAAGAAGAUAUGGAAGCUGUGCCCUUGAGAAUGUACAAUUAAAGAAAGACUGGGAAACUGUGGGUGAGUGUAAGGAGCAGAAAGGAUGCCAUAAUGAACAUAACCAAUGUUUAAUGACUACGCAUAACAAAAUCUUCCAGUGUAACGAAUGUUUGAAUGUCUUCAGGAAAUCUUCAAAUUUAAAUAGACUUAAGUUGAGAGAUACUGUAGAAAAAUUUUUUAAAUGUAAAGAAUGUGGGAAAGCCUCUAACCAAUGCUCACACAUUUCUGAAAAUAAAAUAAUUUCUAAUGCAAAGGAAUAUUAUAAAUUGAAAGAAUGUGGCAAAGUCUUUAAUCAGUGCUUAUACAUUACUAAACAUAAGAGAACUCAUCCUGGAGAGAAAAAAUACACAUGUGAGGAAUGUGGCAAAGUUUUUAAGUGGUCCUCACACUUUACUGUACAUAAGAGAAUUCAUAUGGGAGAGAAGCCUUACAAAUGUGAGGAAUGUGGCAAAGCUUUUAUCCAUUACUCAAAACUUAAAGAACAUAAGAGAAUACAUACUGGAGAGAAACCAUACAAAUGUGAAGAAUGUGGCAAAGCCUUUAGCAGUUGCUCAAAACUUAAAAGACAUAAGAGAAUUCAUACUGGAGAGAAACCAUACAAAUGUGAAGAAUGUAGCAAAGCCUUUACCUUGCUCAACACUUAAAGACAUAAGAGAAUGCAUACUGGAGGAGAACCACACAAAUGUGAAGAAUGUGGCAAAGCCUUUAGCCGUUGCUCAACACUUAAAAGACAUAAGAGAAUGCAUACUGGAGAGAAACCACACAAAUGUGAAGAAUGUGGCAAAGCCUUUAGCUAUUGCUCAACAACUUAA